ACUUCUUUCUUGUUUGCUUUGCAAUGGCAAAGCGUCUUCCCUCCACAAUUCUUCAAAGCCUCUCCUCUCGUUUCCUUAACUCCUCCUCAUCCUCCUCCUCAGCCGCCGUUUCUCCCCACCUCCUCCUCAAUCUCGACGACCCAAAACCACAAUUUAUCCAUCUCCAUGACGUUCGCGCGCUUUUCUCAACCGUAUCCACGCCUAAGCUUCUCCGUUCCUUCCUUAGCCUCCACGCCUCUUCCAUCGGCCCCAUGGUCGAUGUCGGCACAUGGGUUAUGAACUCCAGCCUAUUGGAAAUCCCUCUUUUACGGCAGGCCACCUUGGCUGCUGUCAAGCACACAGUUUUCCAACACUUUUGCGCAGGGGAGACCCCCCAAGAAGCCGGCAACACGGCAGCAAGGCUUUGGGAGGAUACCGGAAUCACAGGUAUGCUCGUCUACGGGCUAGAACACGCCACAGACAAUCCAUGGUGUGAUCGGAAUUUGCAGGGUUUCUUGCAAACGGUCGAAUCGGCCAAGUCUCUUCCACCAUCUUCGGUAAGCUUCGUAGUUGUGAAGAUCACGGCAAUAUGCCCAAUGGACUUGCUGAAGAGAGUGAGCGAUCACCUGAGAUGGCAGCACAGGGAUCCAUCUCAUGUACACCUACUCCCAUGGAAACGCGAUACCCUCCCAAUCUUUGCAGACUCCAGCCCUUUAUACCACACCCAAAUAGCCCCACACCCCUUGACUCUAGAAGAGGAGCAAAAUCUAGAAUUAGCCCAUCAAAGACUCCAAAAACUCUACCUAUCAUGCCGCCAAGCCAACGUCCCUUUGAUAGUUGAUGCCGAGGAUACAAUCGUCCAACCGGCAAUCGAUUACAUGACUUACAGUUGCGCUGCUGCUGCUGCUGCUUCUUCCAGCAACGAAAAGGGUGGUCGGUUUCCCAUCCUCCUCUUCAAUACCAUCCAAACGUACCUCAAGGACUCGAGAGAGAGGCUGGUUCUUGCUCAAGCCGCCGCGGAGAAGAUGGGGGUACCCAUGGGGUUUAAGCUGGUUAGAGGGGCCUACAUGUCGAGUGAAGGGCAACUGACUUCUCGCCUUGGAGCCGAGUCCCCGAUUCACAACUCGAUCGACCAGACUCACGCGUGCUUCAACGACUGCACUUCUUUCAUGCUCGAGAAGAUAGCCGGAGGCGGCGGCGGUGGCGCAGUGGUUAUCGCGAGCCAUAAUCUUGAAUCGGGGAUGAGAGCAGCGAGGAAAGCAACGGAAUUGGGAAUUGAGAGAGAAGACAAAAGGGUUCAAUUUGCUCAGCUGUAUGGGAUGGCGGAUGGACUUUCGUUUAGUCUGAGGAAUGCAGGAUUCCAGGUGUCUAAAUACAUGCCAUUUGGGCCGGUGGAUCUGAUCAUGCCGUAUCUUCUCCGCCGAGCCGAAGAGAACAGAGGCCUCCUCUCCACCUCAUCCUUUGACCGUCACCUAAUCAGGAAGGAAUUGAAGAGAAGACUUACUUCUUCUCUCUUCUUCUGAUCCCCAAUUAUAUAUAAAUAUCUUUAAUCUUU